GAGCAUGAUGACUGCGGCGAAGCAGAAGAAGCAUCGCAGCGCUCAACCGGUUUACGGCGACGACGGAAAAGAAAAACCGGUGUGUGUCCUUUUCAGUUCUCCCACUGCCCGGCUGCCACGAGAACGUCCUUCCCGUUUUUUCCUCGGCACAGGCACUUCCAACAGCUCUGUUCGUCCGUGCAGUGAUUUUAAAGUUUGAAUUGAAAGAGACGCACGACUGUUUGAAGGCCUCAUUGCGCGGUUACCAGCUCUCCUAUCUUGAGCAUAUCUUGCGUCUUGUGAUUUUUGGUGGAACGUUCGGGAGUGGUCCGAACCGAUUGUGAAAGAGCAUCGAACUCGAGGGACGAACCAAGCAAACCAACUACCUCCAGAUACUGUGGCACCUCGCCGUGAUAGAGAUAGUGCUGCUAGUCACAACAACGGUCUUCCGCUUUGUCGCGAAGUAGUGGACCAUCGGCAGGUUAAGGUCACAGCACACCGGUAAGCCACAUUACCACCGAAACAAGCGGAACAGAAUGGCCCAACGAGCCCUGAGGCGUGUGUUUGUGUACGGGACGUUGAAGCGCGGCGAACCGAACCACCAUUUGCUGGCGAAUGCCGACAACGGGUAUGCCAAGUUCAUCUGCAAAGGGUCGACGAAUCGGCGGUUUCCGCUGGUGGUCGCCACCCGGUACAACAUACCGUUCCUGCUGGACAAACCGGGCACCGGCAGUUACGUAACGGGCGAGAUCUACGAGGUGGACGAUCCGCUGUUCGAGCAGCUGGACGUGCUGGAGGACUACCGGAAGCUGUACGAUCGGCAGAUCGAGGACAUUAACGUCGGUAUCGAGGGUGGCAAUGUGCCGUGCUGGCUGUACCUGCUGCGCAACUGCCCGGACCGGUUGCUGAAGCUGCCGAUGCUGACCGAGUACCGGAAUACGCUCGAGCAGCCGUACUCGCGCCGUCCCCCCGGGAAGGUGAACAUCUUCGAGGAGUUGCUUAAGGGCGAUGAGUAAGGGUGGGAACGACGGUGGUUGUGUGGUUGGUGUGGUGAUAGUGGUUGGUGUGGUGAGCGGCCUGUGGAUAAAUAUCCCUGUUUUUUUAACCUGUUGCAUCCUAUGAGGAUGCAAAAGUUACUUUUUUUUUUUGGUACUUAAUGUUAGGUGGCGAAAUGUUAUGCAGAUGAUAAUAAAACAAAUGUCAAUUGAUUCCGAAGUUCCAAAAGCCAACGUCAAUGUAUGGCCAUACACGUAGGCCCCGGAAGGAGCCCGGUCUGUGGUUGCUGUUUGCCAACAAUAAAAAAAAUCUAAUUGUUCCCGUA